AUGGUCGACGUGCAAUUCUCUUUAUCAUGCAGCAUUGAGUGGAGACUGUAAAAUGGGUAGAAAAAUCAUUGACCAAGAGCGUCAGAAGAGUGGUAAUAAUGAUAUUAUAAAUUCUGCUAUUACGAGCUCCAUGGAAACUGCUCUUCACGUGGCAGCAGGAGCCAAUCAAGCUGAGUUUGUGGAAAUGUUGAUCGAUGAUAAUGAUCGUAUAGAUUUGACUGUUCAAGACGCACAUGGCAACACAGCCUUUUGUUCAGCUGUUGCAGCUGGGUCUAAACGAAUUGUCCAAAAAUUUCUCACUCUCACACAUCUGGUUCCAACUGAUUAUUUCAUCAAAACUCGUGGUGGCCAAAAUAUGUCUCCGUUGUACAUUGCUUCUUGGUUUGGACAACCUCAAAUAGUUUCACAAUUGUUUCAAGAUAGCAUUAGUAAGGCUGAUAUAGAAGUUGGUGAAAUAUAUGGGAUAUAUUUCAACUGUAUCCAUAAUGACAUGUACGACUUUGCCAUAAAAAUGAUUGAAGAUAAUGCUCAUCUUGAUAUCGCACACUGUUGGGAUACAACUGAAGAAUCUGCUUUGCAUGUUUUGUCUCGAAAACGACCUUUGGAUUUUACAAGCAGUCCACAAGCUAAAACGAUAUGGAGUCGAGUUUGGCCAAGAAUUUCAUGCCAAUCACCUAGUGAAAUGCCAGCACUAACAUUGGCAAAAAUAAUCUGGAAGCAAGUUUUGGAAAAGUAUUGUUAUCAAUACAAUGAAAUUCGAGAGAUAAUUAAACAUCCAUUCAACUUAGUAAUAGAAGCUGCGAACAAUGGAAAUUUUGAUCUCUUGGAAGUACUUAUAAGCAUGUGUCCUGAAUUGAUUUGGGAAAGGGAUGAUAAAAAUAAUACCAUAUUUCACAUUGCAAUUUUGAACCGUCAUGUCAAAAUCUUUAGACUAAUACACGAAGUUGGUGUGUUGAAAAGUGUAAUACGAAUUAAAGAAGACAACAAUUCCAACAACAUAUUACAUCUUGUUGCGAGAAAGCCACAACAAGGUAAGCUUGAUUCUAUUAUAGGAGCAGCAUUGCAAAUGCGACAUGAACUCUUGUGGUAUAAGGAGGUGGAGAAGAUUGUAGCACCUUCACUAAGGAACAAAAAGAAUGAUGAAAAUCAAACACCAGAUGAUAUUUUCAAUAAAGAUCAUGCGCAGAUGAUGAAUGAUGCUGAAAAAUGGAUGAAGAAAAACUCCAACACAUGCCUAAUCGUUGCGACAAUCAUUGUGACAGUGGCAUUUCCAGCAGCUUUUGAUAUCCUAGAUCAAGGAGACAAAGAUAAACAUAAUGUCAGUUCUGUAAGCCAACUUCCUCCACCAAGGGACAUUAUCUCUAUCAUUCUUUUAAUCUCAAAUGCCGUUGCCAUGUCCUUUUCUUCAAUAGCUAUAAUGCUUUUCUUGUCCAUCAUGAUAUCACGUUUCACUAAAAAUGAGUUUCUUUGGACCUUGCCAUGCACCUUUAUAACUGGACUCUCUCUACUUUUUGUCUCAGUCACUGCCAUGAUGGUAUCCUUUUGCUUUGCCUCCUUAAUACCCAAUGAAUCACUAAGGAUACCUAUUUUCUCCUCUUGUAUUGAGCUUCUACCAAUCAUUUUGUUUUUCUAUCUUGUGUAUCCUGUCUUUCGUGACACAAUACAUUCCACAUUCUUCUCUCAGAAUGAAUUCAAGGCAAUAAAUCGCUUACUACUUAAGCAUUAUGAAAAGUAACAAUAUUUAAAAGAAACUGUAAGUUAUUUAUGAUUUACCUGGCUAAACAUAUAUGCAAUUGUCCUAAACUAUCAUCUAGAACUUUAAGUUUAUGAUGGUUUAUCUUUAAUGAAUUUUGUGUGUACAAUGCCUCUUGUACUAUGACUAUCCAUGUUCGAGUGCUUUGGAAUCAAUAUUGGCAAAUA